CCUCUCCCAGUUUGCAGCAAAACCAUCGUCAUGGAGCUAAGCGGAGCCACCCUCUUCUUCGUUUCUCUCAUCUCAGUGUUGAGUCUACUUUCCUUGCUUAGCCGCAAAGCAGCACCAAGUUCCAAGCGGCGGCCUCCCGGCCCGUGGUGUCUGCCCUUGAUCGGAAAUCUCCAUCAGAUCCUCACGUCAAAGCUGCCCGUCGUCCUCCGGGACCUGGCCAAGAAGCACGGGCCGGUGAUGCGCCUCCGGCUGGGCCAGGUUGACGCCGCGGUGGUCUCCUCGCCGGCGGCGGCGCGGGAGGUUCUCCGGGACAAGGAUCUUACAUUCGCGUCGCGGCCGAGCAUCCUCAUGUCGGAGAUCAGCCUCUACGGGAACCUCGACGUCGCCUUCGCGCCGUAUGGCGCGUACUGGCGGACGCUGCGCAAGAUCUGCGCGGCGGAGCCCCUGAGCGAGCGGAAGGUCAGGCAGUUUUCGCCGGUGAGGGACAAGGAGACCAUGUCCCUCGUCAGCAACGUUGGCGAAGCAAGCAGGGGCGGCGAGCCGGUCAACCUCCGCAGGCUGCUCGUGCUGUGCUCGAAUUCGAUAACCGGCAAGACGGCGUUCGGGGAGAUGUGCAGCUCGGAGCUCCAGGAGCAGUUUCUGUCGGUGAUGGACGAGGUGCUGAAGCUCGGCACGGGGCUCUGCGUCGGGGACCUCUUCCCGUCGCUGUGGUUCGUCGACGUGAUCACCGGGCUGAGAGGCCGGCUAUGGCGAGCUCGCCGGCAGCAGGACAAGGUCCUGGACAAGAUCAUCUCUCAAUCCGAGGUGAGGCGAGGUGAUCACGUUCUGAACUCUUUGCUUAGGAUCAGAGACAAGAGGGAGAUUGACUCCAUCCCGAUGGAACUGGAUAACGUCAAGGCAAUCAUCAUGGAUAUGUUCACGGCCGGGACAGAGACGACAUCGUCAGCUGCCGAGUGGGUCAUGUCGGACCUCAUGAAGAACCCGGAGGUGAUGAUGAAGGCGCAGGCUGAGGUGCGACGGACGUUCGACAAUAAGAGCUCUCAAGACCAUGAGGGACACAUAGUGGAGCUACACUACACCAAGAUGGUGAUCAAGGAGAGCAUGCGGCUAAAUCCAGUGCUGCCGCUGCUGGUUCCCCGUGUCUGCCGAGAGACCUGUGAUGUCGGCGGGUUUGAGAUCAUGGAGGGUACUAGGGUUAUGGUGAAUACCUGGGCAUUGGGUAGGGACCCCGAGUACUGGCAUGAGCCUGAGGAGUUCAGGCCGGAGCGGUUCGAGGAUGGCACGGCGACCUACAAAGGCUCGCGGUUUGACUACUUGCCGUUCGGAAGCGGAAGGAGAAUCUGCCCGGGUGAUACAUUUGGGGUUGCCGUGUUGGAGCUCAUGGUGGCACGACUUCUCUACUACUUUGACUGGAGCCUGCCUGCCGGAGUGAAGCCAAGUGAGUUGGACAUGGAAAUGAUCGUUGCAUUAACCUCAAGGAGGAAGAACCAGCUGCACCUAGUGGCGACAUCGUAUAACGGUAUAGGUCAUACAGAUGCUAAUUGAAUUUAUUUAUUUUUGGCAAGGGAGAUGUUAAUUGAACUUAACUUAGGUACGUCGUAGGGAAUGAUAAUGGUUGAAUUUAUUUGGAGGAAACCGAGCACUAGAAAAUGCCUGUGUAUUGUAAUGGAAGAAAAAGUAUCUCGUAUCCAAUCCAUUUUAAUAUCUAAAAAUUGCACGAUUAAGAA